AAGCAACGGGGUUGCGGGUUUCCAAUUUCCGCUCACUGUGAAAUCGUUAUGUUAGAAAUUGAAUUUUACAACGGAUAGUAACAAACUGGCAGUAGAUGGAGGCUUACAGAGGUCUCCUGUUCCCAUUAGGGUUUCUGAUAAUACUAGCCGUUGCGACUCUCUCUCACGGAGAAUCGUCGACGUGCUUGACGGUCUACAAAGAAGGCGGUGCUCCGGCGGUCUUCCAAUCCCCAAAAUGCCCUCGCUGGACGCACUCCGAUUAUGCUUCCUACUCUCGAAGCACCUCGCGCUGUCAAACCGCCAUGCUUAAAGGUCGCCGGAAGUCCCUCGAGGAUCGCACCCUCUGCGUCCUCGACCUUCGCAUCCCCUUCCCUGGUAAAGCAGGGGUUAAGGAGGUUACAGUUGGAAUUGUUGCUGUUUUCGAUGGUCAUAAUGGGGCUGAAGCUAGUGAGAUGGCUUCGAAGCUUUUAUUAGAGUAUUUCGUUUUGCAUACCUACUUUCUCAUCGAUGCAGCAUACUCUGCUAUCUUGAAGAAAGGCUCGGGAAGUUUGCAAACUAGUGCAGAACAUCAUUCUAUUUUUCAACGGUAUAAUUGGGAUGGCCUACUCAAUUGGCAUGAAUUGGAUCUUGGAAGGUUUAAGCAUUCAUUCCAAGCAAAUUUUGACGAUUCUUUUCACUUUGAAAUUUUGAAAGAAGCAUUGUUGAGGGCAAUACAUGAUAUAGAUGCAAAAUUUUCGAUGGAAGCAUCUAGAAAAAAUCUGGUUUCUGGAUCCACAGCUACGAUUAUACUACUUGCUGACGGUCAAAUCUUAGUUGCAAAUAUUGGAGACUCAAAGGCUUUAUUGUGCUCAGAAAAAUUUCAAUCUCCUGCAGAGGCUAAAGCCACUUAUUUAAGAUUAUACAGGCAGGAAAGGCGUAAUGGUGCUAUUUCACGCCUAAGAAACUAUAAAAACUUGGACUUGGCUUCCUCCACUGGAGUGGUGCAUUUUUCUGUUAAGGAAUUGACAAGAGAUCAUCAUCCUGACAGAGACGAUGAAAAAUUACGGGUGGAAACUGCCGGUGGCUAUGUUCUUGAAUGGGGUGGUGUGCCUCGAGUGAAUGGUGAGCUGGCUAUUUCCCGAGCUAUUGGUGAUGUCUCCUUUAAAAGUUAUGGGGUCAUAUCUGCACCAGAGUUGACUGAUUGGCAACCCCUGACUGUAAAUGAUACUUAUCUGGUGGCUGCAUCUGAUGGAGUUUUUGAGAAGCUGAACGUGCAGGAUGUUUGUGAUUUGUUGUGGGAAGUACGGAGUUAUGAUUCUGGGAGAUCCGAGCUCUCUUCCUCAUGUUCAUACUCAUUAGCUGAUUGCAUAGUGAAUACUGCAUUUGAAAAGGGCAGUAUGGAUAAUGUGGCAGCUGUUGUUGUUCCGUUGGUAUCUACUGGGUUUUCGGAAAGUUUGUUGAAGGAAAGGUCAGUUGGAGAGGGAGACAUAAACUACAAAGCAUCAGGACUUCAGUCCACCCAUGAAGGAUCAGCUAAUGACUUCUCUUAUGCCAUAAAACAAUUGGAGUAUGCUCAUCCAGUGGUUUCCAAGUUUGACAGGUUAUUGGUACAAGGAAAACACGGUUAUAUUGGCUGUUUUAUUCUGUCUGAGAACCUUGAUGAACAUGCAGAGUACAUGUUGCAAGCAAAGGAUGAGCAUGAAGGUUAUGUGUAUGACCUGCAUCAGGCUCUUCCUGAGGCCGUUAGCCAACAGUUUGGGGGACCUCUAAAUUUGUACCAUGACCAGAAUUUUUGCUUGCACCUUGGAAUUACUGUUGAUGCUAAAGAUCAAUGCUUAAAUCCUGAAGGCUUUGCCAGUUUCCUUGCUUUGCUUGAAUCAAUUCCUUUCCAUGAUGCUGGCUCAAAUAAUGGAUCAUUUGAAUAUUCAAUGCCAGACAGGAGGUAUGUACUAAAAAAGAGGUUUGGUCGUGGAUCGUAUGGUGAAGUAUGGCUGGCUUUUAAUUGGAACUAUCAUCAAGGCAGCAAUAUGUCAAAUUCAAGUGGGAAAAGCCUUCCUGAUGAGAACUUGCUCAUUUUAAAACGCAUAAUGGUGGAGAAAGGGGCUGCUGUUUACUUAAGUGGUUUACGGGAAAAGUAUUUUGGGGAAAUUUUUCUGAAUGCCUCUAAUCGUCUUGGAGGUUCUCUAUCAGCUGGAAUGUCAACCUCCAUCUUGAAUGAAUCACAGUUUGAUUUCUAUGGCUUGUUAGAAACAACUGACCCAACGGCCUAUGAAACAGGAAAUAGUUGGACUUCUGAAAACUUGUUUGAAGAAAAAUUUCAUGGAGGUUUCUAUGAAGAAGGGUUGGACCAUAUUGCUAGAUACGUGGAGUCUUUUGAAUCUCAAGCAAAUGAAAUAUGGCUUGUAUUUCGUUAUGAGGGCGUGUCUUUAUCAAAGCUUAUGUAUACUGUGGAAGAAGAGACUAAUGCAGAUGAAGAAAAAGCUGAAAAAGCGAAUCAUGUCCAGAUGCUGCGUCCAUCAAAAUGGUGGCAUUGGUUGAAGACAACAAAAGCAGGACAGGAGCAAAUGCGCAGUCUUAUAUGGCAGUUGUUGAUGGCAUUGAAGUCCUGUCAUGACCGAAAUAUUACCCAUAGAGAUAUCAAACCUGAAAAUAUGGUGUUAUGCUUUGAAGAGGAAGACACAGGGAGAUGUCUGAAAGGAAUUCCAAAUGGCGAAAACUUCACCACCAAAAUGCGGAUUAUUGACUUCGGUAGUGCAAUGGAUGAGUUCACUCUAAAGCAUUUAUAUGGGUCUACUGGACCAUCCAGAGUUGAACAGACUAAUGAAUAUACUCCCCCUGAAGCCUUACUUCAUUCUAAUUGGUACCUGAGGCCCACCAACACAACAUUAAAGUACGAUAUGUGGAGUGUUGGUGUUGUGAUGCUAGAGUUGAUCUUAGGAUCACCAAAUGUUUUCCAGAUUAGUAGUCACACAAGUAUUCUUUUAGACCGGCAUAUAAAGGGAUGGAAUGAAGGCUUAAAGGAGCUUGCAUACAAACUUAGAUCAUUCAUGGAGUUGUGCAUCUUAAUCCCUGGGAGUUUCUUACGACAUCACCGAACAACGAGCCAAGCUGGAGCAUCACCGGCUUCUUGGAAAUGCUCAGAAGAGUUUUUCUCCCAUCAAAUAAAGAGUAGAGAUCCGCUUAAGUUAGGCUUUCCAAAUGUUUGGGCUUUGCGGUUGGUACGCCAGCUAUUACUCUGGGAUCCUGAGGAGCGGUCGAGUGUUGAUGAUGCUUUGCGACAUCCAUAUUUCCAGCCUCCUUCCAGGGAAUGAGUUCAUUGGAACGUUUUACCUACUGAUUUUCCUCCUAGAGACCUUAACUUCCUCGGCAUUAACAAACUCAACUGAGAUAGUACCACCAUUUUGAUGGAUGCAAAAUCUGCACAUGCUUCAGCUAAUCAACUCUUUCUUCAUCGACAUUAGUAUCUUGUUCCGAAGUGUACGUAAUGCUGUCACGAUGAAAUAUACAAACUAGAAAAUUUGAAAGAUUGUACAUAUGUAGCAAAGAUUGUUCAAGUGAAUCUGUGCCUCACUUGCAGCUGAAAUUUUGUUACCAACGGUUGAUCUUAAAGAUCAUUUAGAUGUACAGGUUAUGUUUCUAUCA